UUUAUCUUUAAAUCGCGCCUAAACGCCAUUCGUGUCUCACACAAUUUCCCUCCGAAGUAAGCAGAACCCGCCAUUACAGAUUUCCAGCAACUUCAAGCGUGGAAGAGCUAAUGAGUCACUUCGCCAAACGAAUCUGCUUCAAUGACUCGGGUGGAGACUCGCCCAUGGAAAUAGAUGAUCCAUCACGAGUGGACGAGCAAGGAGAAGAAGAUCCGUUUCUGGCUUUCGUUGAGUACGCGAGAUCCGUUGUGUUUUCUGAAGACGAAGUAGAAGGAGAAGAAGGACACGAUCCGAGUACAAAUGGAGCGGAAGGUCGAGGGCCUGGUUGGGCUUGGAUCGUGUCUCGGAUCCUCAAGACUUGUAUUGCUUACUCGAGCGGUGUCACCUCCGCCAUUCUGCUUUCCGAUCUCGCUAAGGCGUGGCAUGAGCAACACAGGGCUGGUACGCCUAAGAAAAGGCCAGAAUGUAUAAAUCAGUUAAGAAGGAAACAUCGGAGAACGAAGCUGCCAAACACUGUCACAAUUGACUCUAUAUACGAGAAGAAUUUUGUGUCCUUGAGUAGCGUUUUAGAAGUCGUUAUAGUUGAUGUUUAUGUUCUGCCAGGCACAAAUAUCUACAUGCUAAGUUUGGGGGAUUUUUGGAGCUCCAAUACCAUUGAUCUUUAUCUCCAUCGCAGAUAUUAUGACUUGGUGGACCCUCAGAAUGGGAUUUUGAGAAAAGGAAGGGAGGUUCUCCUAACAGGGUGUUAUCUUCGAAAUGCUCGCGAAGGAUCGGGCUGCACUCGACUUUUGCCAACUGAAUAUCUUGUGAUAUUGUUAGAUGAUGACCAGGAUGAUGAUGCAAUACUGAUAGGAGCUCAAUUUUGUUCAGAUUCUUUUUCCUCCAUUUCUCUUGAUGAGGUUGACAAAGGGGUUUCUUUCUCACUGUAUGCAAGGAUCGAAUCUAUUGGGUCACUGGAAAUUCAAGGAACAUGUGGUCGUUUACAAAGGAAAGAUAUCGCCCUUGUUGACAAUGAUGGUGUGAAGCUGAAAUUUCUGUUAUGGGGAGAGCAGGUUCUUCUUUCCAAUCUUUUCAGUGUAGGAAGUAUGCUUGCACUUGAUAGGCCAUAUAUUUCAACUUCUGCUGAGUGUGCUGUUGAAGCAAGGGAUGAACUUUGCCUUGAAUAUGGCAGUGCAACACUAUUGUAUCUGGUGCCAUUCAUUCAGCACGAGGAAAAAAUAUGUGUGCCACUGACACAAAACCGAUGUCAAGGAUCAAGGAUGCUGAGUGCAUUUAGCGUCACUCAAGAUUCUAGGGUUUCUCAAGUAGCAUUGCCCUGCGAUUCACAAGGGACAAUUGACUUCAGUAACUAUCCCUUUCGACCAUAUAUAAUUGAUCUUCAUGACAAGAUGACCAGCAUCAGCCUCUAUGGAGUUGUCACUGAGAUCUUUCGAGAAAAGACCACAGAAGCUAUUUUCUCAUUACAAGUCAAGGAUACGACGGGAGCAAUCUGGGCAAAACUACAUUUCUCCAAAUCUUGGUCACUUGGGAGAUUAGGCCUUGGUCACACUGUGUUUAUAACUGGCCUGUCGUGUUAUUUGACAAAACGAAACUGCCUUGAACUGUCAUGGUUUGAGAAUGAUGUUGGAGCUUCUCUCACCAACCUUAGCAUUUUGCCAGCCGUGCUAAACUCAUCUUGUCUUCAUAAGUUAUCAUGCCUUUCUGAUCUAACCAGUCAGGAGAGCUCUAUGCAUAUAUGUCAAGUUCGCGUCGAUCAAAUUGAUCAUUGCCAUGUUAAUUCGAGACUCUCUCAUGCUCUUUGUGGUAAUUUUGUCAUGGAGACACGAAGCCGCAUUGUUGAAUGCAGCUUCUGUCAGUGUAACUGUGAUGCUGAAGUUGUGCGCAGUUUCCACCUUAAAAUUACUCUGGCAGAUGAAAGUGCAAAAGUUUUUGCAUCGUGCAGUGGUCAAACUGCUGCAGAGUUGCUCCAAAUCUCGCCUGAUGAGUUUUAUGAGCUCCCGGAGGAAGAACAAAUUAUGUAUCCUUCUUCACUGGAAAAUGAAAGGUUCGUGGUUAUGUUAAUAGAUUGCAAGAGGCAAGGUCAUGCAUCCACUGCUGAUACUGCAGAUAUAUGGGAGAUCACUUGUGCGCUAAGGUGUGAAUAAUUAAGAAUACAGAAUCAUCAUUAUGACGUAUAUAAGUUUGGAACAAUGUUUCUGUUGAUAACUGAUGAGAAUCUAAAAAGACACAAGCGCACUUAGUCCGGC